CACAGAAAUAGACCUAAUAAUAUCCUUACGUGUUUCAAAAAAGAAAGAAAAAAACAUCUUAUCCAAAAGCCACGAAGCAAUAGUUUGCUUGAUAGUCGGACUGGCCAGCCAGAAACGGGAAAGCCAGAUGCUGUAGGCGUACACCGUCACCGCGAAUGCAACUUAUGGUAACGUUUUUCAGAAUGAGUGGGUUCGCCCGUAUAACGAAACAAAAUGAUCGAAAACCGAUACAACUUUCCGUGGCAAUAUAUCUCUCCUCCAACUUCAGAAAACCUACAACUUUCCCUUCCCAACACUAGAACUAAAAUCCGUUGUGUAUUUGCCUGAUCGAUCGGUGAUAAAUUUCUCAAAACAAACCUUCACGUUUUCUAGUGUUUGAGCAUUUAUUGUGACGAAAAACAAACAAAAUCAGGGUUUCCAAUUUUCUUCUCGAAGGGGAAUUAGGGUUUUGAAUUGUGAUUGAAUGUUUAAGGAUGCGAGAGUUGCGUAGUGGACUUCGAAGAGGUCGUUCAGCAGCAACAGUAGGAGAAGUAGAGAGAAGUGUAGUUGAACAAGGUAGCAGUGCAAUGGUGAUUCGCAGAAAGAGAUCGAUAAUUAAGAAAAAUAAACAACCAGAACCGGAACCAGAAGUAGAGCAACAACAACAACAACAACAGGAUGAUCGAGAACUAGAGACUAGGUGUUUUGAUGAAAUUCGUGAGAUAGGUCUGAAUGUUGUUGGGGAUCUUGAGAUGGACGAUGAUUACCAUGAUGCUGAAGAACAUAUGGAAACAGAUACAGCUCAUGCAGCUGAACAAUUGGAGGAGGAGGAAGAGGAGGACCAAGGAAAUACAACUCCUACUUUCACUUCCUAUAAGGCACCCGGCCUCGAACUUCGCAGACGGUCGCCUAUUGCUCAAAUGGCUCUUCACAUUAAUGACGAGAUGUCUGCCAAGAAACGGCAUUUGGAGAAGGGACUACUGAGGCAAACACUGCUUCACGAACCAUCAAAUAACUGUGAGAUGGAUGACGAGAAAUGGGAAGAAUCUGUGCCUCUUGCUGCACCAGAGUUUGAAGUUACAAACCACAACUAUGAGAUGUACGAUCACAAACAUGAAGUAUCAGUUCCUGUUGAUAUUCCAGAAUGUGAAACUGCAAAGGAUGUUGUGGCUGCACCUGUGGCAGAGAGAACAAGAUUAUUAGGCAAGAGAAAAUCCUCGGGAGCCGUUGGCGGGCAACCCAACUUGGAAGAUCAUCUUAUAGAAGCACCUGAAGAGUUUGACACUGAAUCAGGUAUGAAGAGAAAUGUCCGGGGUCCAACGCUUUUACCACACAUCUUCAAUAUAAAUAAUAGACAUCGCAAGGUGAUAGAGUACAACGAGCAUGGCCAGCCAAUAGGGCAGUUUUCUUCUGAGCUAGCCAGUUUCAUGGGUGUUUUGGCACGCCAGAUGGUUCCAAUAGUCCAUGAAAAAUGGAAAACAGUCCCAAGCACUCUUAAAGAAGAGCUAUGGAGGUGUCUGGAGGCAAAAUAUGUGCUCGAAGCAAGUAGUAGGAAACUUCUCGUCAAUGGCAUUGGAGACAAGUGGAGGUCUUUUAAGAGCACUCUUACAAGGAAAUAUGUUCUCCCAUUCAAGGAGGAGCCUGAUCGUCUGAUCCACCCUCCUCCAAUGUAUAGAUUCAUUAAGCAAGAGCAUUGGGAUGAAUUUGUAAAGUCCAGGCUGAAUGAUGCAUUCCAGGCCCUCCAUGAAGCACAGUCAGAAAGGCGUGGAAAGAACAUUUAUCCUCAUCGGUUAGGCCGGACAGGUUAUGCCGGUCUGGUAGAAAAAAUGAUAAAAAGUGACGGGGUUACCCCUGAAGAAAUUGAUAGGUGUGUUUUAUGGAAGAAAGCACGUCAGAACAAAAACGGGGAGUAUGAUGAUGAUGUUACCAGAGAGCAGGCUGAGAUUAUCGAUGAAUUGAAAAAGCAAGUUGACAAUGGGUCACUAGUUUGUGAUGGAAACAUCGAUGUGCUGACUAUGGCUUUAGGAACUCCAGAACAUUCUGGGCGAGUGAGAGGCGGUGGAAAGUUUGUAAGUCAGUCGACCUUCUUUCGGAAGCCUAAACGUCAAGGCCAUAAAAUUGCUGAUAAAUUGCAUGAACAACGAAAGCUGAUUGAGAGCAAGUGGCAAGAAGAGAGAGUGUCCCGUUUACGAGUGGAAGAGCAACUCUUGGAUACUCAAAACAUGGUCUCACGGUUAGAGGAGACGCUGACCAACUUCAUGCAAAAUGGGAAGGAGCUAGCAUCAGUGUCCACUAUGCUCCCCAGUAACAAUAACGAAGAUUUGGAGGGAGUUGGGCCUUCAUCGACAUCUACUAUGGUCCCUGUAAACAAGAAUGGGAACUUGGGAAAAAAGCUUGCAUUGACUUCCAAUAGGGUCCCCAUAAACAACAAAGAAAAUUUGGGGAAAGGACCUGCAUUGACUUCCACUAGGGAAAAUUUGGGGAAAGGGCCUGCAUCGACUUCUAACAGGGUCCACCCAAAGAACAAUGAAAAGUUGGGAAACUCUCCUGCAUCAUCUUCCGGCAGAGCCAAUUCAAACAACUACGAACCUUCGACAUCAAGCAGUUCUCAGUCGAGGGCUUGGAGAAAUGACGAGGAAAACCUACCUGUUGUUCAAGUAACUCCACUAAGGCAUGUUGCCAGAUCUGUGAAGGAUUCAAAUGUCUCCCCCUUCCAGAGGUUCUAUAACAGAGCGUCUCAAAUAAUGACUGGUAGCAUUCCCUUCAUAACAGUACCAGUAGAUUCCGCAGUCUUUGGUACAGAUAUGGAACUUUAUCUUGACCUGGAUGAUGUCCAGUAUAUGUGCCAUAUGGAAGAUUUGUCUGAGAAUUGCGUCAUGGCGUACAUUAAGCACCUCUACGAUAUGUUAAUGAAGAAAGGGAUACAACACAAAUAUGAAUUUAUAAACCCUGUAUCAGUAAGCGCUGCAAAAGAUGCUAAUUUGUCAAAAACAAUAACUUCACGAUUGAUGAAUACAAAUUGCGAAUGGGUUUUUGUUCCUGUCAAUUCAGAUGGGGCACAUUGGCUUCUUAUCGCAAUAAAUAUGGUGGCUAUGAGUUGCUAUUGGCUGGAUCCAUCGGGGCUCCCAACUCGAUAUAACAUCAAACCAUUUGUCACUAUUGGUCUGAAAGGUUUGCACAAAGAUGGAGUGAGGAGGUCAUCACCAAUUUGGUAUAAUAUCAAGUGCCCAAAACAGAAAAAUAGUGUGGAAUGUGGGUUUUAUGUCAUGAAGUUUAUGAGGGAGAUAAUUGAUGACCCAAACAUGUUUACAAGGAGUGAGCCUUUCCCUCAAUCUACAUAUGAGCAGGAUGAAAUCGAUGAAGUGAGACUUGAGUGGAUUCAAACAGUAGAGGCGUAUGUUUAGUUACAAUUUCACAUUAUUAGUUGUUUGGGCAUGGAAAAUGAUGAGCUCAAGUUAAAACUAUGUCGAGAGUUUUGCUUUCAGAUAUUGUAGAAGAUGCUGUACAAGUUGCCACCCAUUUUGAUAUAAUGCAUCCUACUGUUUGUAGGUGUUGGACAGAGUGUAGUUAUUGGGUAGUGACACAUUUUAUGAGAAGAUGAUGGGCUAUAAAUAAGUGAUGUGACAACCAGAGGAAAGCUUGAUCUUCAAAAUUCAGAUAUGUAUGCUAAUUGUUCGAAGACUUUUGAGAAAAAAGGUUAUUUAAGAGAGACAUUAUGUUAAUUUUGAAGUUAGGUGCUAAAAAUUUACACUGGCUUCACAGAUAUGAUGAACUGAUGAUGUUCUGCACCUCACCUAAAUCUGUGUGAUAUUAUAGUAGUACAAUUUUACCAGUAAUGAGUCUUUCUAUUAAUCA